GAGUGAAAGUACGAAGAGAAGGAUCGCCCGGUUGGUUAUAAUGGCUACGCGAGACUCGAGCCCCACUCACUCACCUCUCGACCAGCGACCAGGAUGAAGCCUUCGACGAUAGCCGUGUUGACGACUUUACUGGCGAUGGUAACGGCUGCGCCGCUACCUGCGUCAUCCUCCCAACCUUCUCCCGAGGAGAACUUGAUCGAGGCUCAUGAAGAAGGACUGUUGCUGUUGGUGCCCACUCUACCUGCCGAUGAAGAUAAGAACGGCAAGGAUCUGAAAAGAGAGGUUGAAUACGAGUUGAUCUCCAUUCCCAAGGAGGUGCUUCGCCGGGAGAUCCGCCAGGUUGCCGAGCUGUACGGGACUCCCAGGGACACACAUCAGGACACGGGGAACGUUAUCGUCUCGUCACAAAGCACGAGUUACCAGCCCAGCACUCCGAACCCACACUUGGACCUCACCCAGCUGCUGUUGUCGGGUACGAAGCAAGCCACAGGUAUCCUCGGCGGGCUCGGUCAAACCCUGGUGGGUGCCAAACAGGUCCUAUCUUCGGUGGUUCCUGCUGCCGCCGCCGGGGGAGCACAGGCUGCCAGGUGGGUGGUACAGAACAAGGCCAACGGGGUGAGGACUUUCGUGGACCUGGCAGGCUCUGGACUCCGCUACGCCGGCCAGCUGAGUUCAUCUGUCCUACGUGUGCUUCUGCAGGUGCCAGGCAUCAAGGCACGUGUCCUUGCUGAAGUCAUCCGUGCCAGUCAGCCGCUGAGCUACGCUAUCAGUGACGUCUUGUCUGAGAACUCGGACGAGCUCGCCACUUUCCUGGAGGUGAAAAAUGAAAUCAUAAGGGACACACUGGAUAUCAUCAUCCGCCUCAUCCAGGACACGCUGGCCAUCAAGGGUAAGAUCCUCGCCCGCCUUGGAUCGUCAGGACUGGACAUCGGUGCCACUGUCUUCAACGCCGGCUUGAAGCUCGGCGGUGCCUUUGUGGAGUCCGCGGGAGGCAUCGCCACUGCUCUAGGAAGUGGCGUUGGGGAACUCAUCCGCGUGGGAACAUCCGCCGACUUCCCUCCGCCUCCUGCCUUGCCUCUGCUCAACCUCCCAUCUCUGCUGUCACUCGACCUGUCAAAACUCUUUUCACCCCCUACCCAGACCUACACCACCACGCUAAAGCCCCUGCCACUGCCAUCCAAGCCUCCUGUCACUCCCGCGCCUUCUUAUUCCUAUGACCCUCCCACCUCUCCAUCCUACUCGUAUGAAGCGCCAUCCACAUCCUUCUCGUAUGACCCGCAACCUACCUCUUAUCUGCUUCCCAGUAACUAGUCUACCUCGUUCUCCCUACUCGUGAAGUUGUCUUUCAAAGACAAACAACACCUGGCUUGGCUCUAACAUCACCUCGUACAGCCAGAUAAAGAACAGAGAACCUAAACUUACAGAUUUGUACUGCCAUUCCGCCGAAUAUAUCAUAACCGCAUAAUUGUCACAGUGACGUUCCGCUUGCCAGUCCUUUAAAUGACAGCUGGUGAUCUGAGUGUCUCGUGCGCCUCUCGGGAGCCUGAGGAAGGGAACCUUAAUCUCAGGUACUGCAUGUGGCCCUCUAGACACUGCUUCCUUUCCUCAGCCCUCCGCGGGUCCUGCUCGUCAGCCAGACAGAUGUAACUAAACUCCCACCAACGAAGACAGCAGCCGGUCAUCGCCGGUCAUCGUGUCGCUCAGUGACAUGAUGAACCAUUGGUAGUAACACCCGCGGCCCACUGAAUGUGGACGCCCAAGUCAUUGUAAUCUAAGAAAGUUAUUGUUUAUUCCUGUCCCGUAGAAUUGUGUCAAUAUUUUUUGUUAGAUGUGCCUUAUCACACAACCUGUCCUUUGACAGAGGUGUGUACGCGCGCGCGCGCGCGCGCGCGCGUGUGUGUGUGUGUGUGUGUGUGUGUGUGUGUGUGUGUGUGUGUGUGUGUGUGUGUGUGUGUGUGUGUGUGUGUGUGUGCAAGAAAGACUUCAUUUUAUUCUUACAAGUAAUUUAACAUUUUCUCACAAUGUCUGUUAUUUUAUAUUUUCAUGUAAAUAUAUUUUCAUCAGCAAGCAAAAUAGUAAUGUAUACCGUAUUAUGUUAUAUAUUUAGCGUGAGUGUGUCUUGUAUCGUUCUCAUAAAGACUUUAUUUUUAAUACUUGUACUGUGUGCGGAAUAAGGCGGGGACACCCACGCAAGCCCGGCGCCCUGCAGCACAACAGAGUUAUAUUUAUUGGAGUGCAGGAAGUGUAGGAUUGUAAUACUUGUGUUUUUCUUUCAAGUCUGUGAAUACAGAUUGUUCUUUUGUGAUAGCCACGCCUUAUCCAUACAUUCAUGGAUAGUUACUGCGUAAAUCAGUGAGUUUCAUGAACGUUUACAAGUAAUGAUUGAGAUGCUAAGAAAAAAGAUGAAUAAAUAAAUAAAAUAAAAGCAUCAUAGCUAAAUAUAUGUGCCUCCUUUCUGCAUCAAGACUGGAACAGUGAGCGUCACUGAUUGCACUCCUUGCCAAGGCCAAGAGAUUAAGGUAUCUCUUGGCCAUGGUCCUUCCCGCAGUAUAUCGAGGGUAUAUCGAUGUACUGUACAUUAUACUACUUAUAGCUGCUGGACCCGACUGCGCUGCCACCUGUUCCCGCCGUCAACGGUGCCUGUUACCUGUCUCAUCUCAUACCAUAAAAAUAUUUUAAACGAA